CGAACCUGUACAAGAUUAAAAUCUGAGUGGUACCUUCCUACCUGACAGUAGUAGAGCGAAUUGUUAUUUCUUGAACUUUACUGCAUUCAAUAAUAUGUGAUUUAAUGUCUAUUUUUGUGCUUUUGUGAUUGCUCUAAAUGGUUUUUUGGUAGAUACCAAAAAAAAUCAUGAACUUCCUGCAUCUGCUGGCCGCUCUCACACUGAUCCCCGCCCAUUUCGCUCUCGCUCCAAACAAAAAACAAAAGCCGAACAUCGUGUUGCUCCUCACUGAUGACCAGGACGUAGAGCUAGGCUCCCUCCACUUUAUGCCCAAGACCCUCAAAGGGGUACGUCAACAUGGUGGUGAGUUUAGACACGCGUAUGUCACCACCCCGAUGUGUUGUCCGUCCAGAAGUUCUUUAUUGACUGGGAUGUACGUGCAUAAUCACGAAGUGUUCACUAAUAAGGAUAAUUGUUCCAGUCCGCAAUGGCAGGCUAAACAUGAAGUUAGGAGUUUUGCUACUUAUAUGUCCAAUGCGGGAUAUAGGACAGGUUAUUUCGGAAAAUACUUAAACAAAUACAACGGCACUUACAUACCACCAGGUUGGCGUGAAUGGGGUGGUUUAAUAAUGAACUCCAAAUACUACAACUAUUCCAUCAACAUGAACGGACAAAUCGUCAAACAUGGCUUCGACUAUGGAAAAGACUAUUAUACCAACGUUAUAGCGAGAGAUGGGAUCAAUUUUAUUAAAAAUUCGAAAACUCAGUAUCCUAAUAAGCCUUUUUUGGCAGUGUUCGCUUUUCCUGCGCCACAUGGACCUGAAGACUCGGCUCCGCAGUACUCAAAAAUGUAUUUUAACAUCAGUACGCAUCAUACGCCAUCAUACAAUUUUGCCCCAAAUCCAGAUAAACAAUGGAUUCUAAGAGUAACAGGCAAAAUGGAAGAAAACCACAAAGACUUUACCAACAUGCUUAUGACUAAAAGGCUACAAACUCUACAGUCGGUAGAUGAUGCUGUCGAAAAAGUAAUCGCUGAGCUGGACAGGUUGGGAGAACUGGAAAGUACUUACGUCAUCUAUACCAGCGACCAUGGCUACCAUUUAGGGCAGUUCGGAUUAGUGAAAGGCAAAAGUUUUCCCUUUGAAUUUGAUGUGCGUGUACCGUUUCUAAUUAGAGGCCCGGGGAUUAAGAAAGGGGUGACUUUUAACGAUAUAGUGUUAAAUAUCGAUUUGGCACCCACUUUUCUGGAUUUGGCAGGGAUUAAGGUGCCUCCAAACAUGGAUGGACGUUCGAUUGUGCCCGUGUUGUUUAAGAGUAGAAAACCGAAUCACAAGUGGCGAGACACCUUUUUGAUUGAAAGUUCAGGCCGGAGGGAAACCCCUCAUCUGGAAGCCAAGUUACACGAGACAAAUUUGCUUCAGUAUUCAGUACCGCACGAGAAUAUUUUCUUAAAUUACACCGAGUUAAACAACGACAUCUUAAUGCAGUUUUUCAAGAAAGCCCAUAACGAAACCAACAAGAAAACUAUACCUUUUUCAGCACAAAAAGCUCUCUUACAAAAGCUGAGUAAAAAGGACUUUGAUUGCUUUCAGCACGCUAAAUUUCCAUGUCGUAACGGGCAAAAGUGGUUUUGCCAAUUGAAUAAUGGGCACUGGCAUAAGUAUAAGUGUAAGAACGAAAGUGCUGAUGAUGAGCCAAAUAAUAAGGAUAAGGAGUGCAUUUGUUUUACUAAAGAUGGGCCAGUAUUUGAUUCUAAUUGGAUCAGACAAAAAAGAUCCUCAGAUCUCAACAAAGACAACAAACUAAAGUACUGCUACUGCAACAACCUAAACUCAAACCUUCUAAAAUAUGAUCCAAAAUCGGAAGAAACCCCCGAAGACAAAAUCAAAGUGCGACGUGCGAAAAAAAGAGAAGAAGUGUGCCACCACGAGCGUAUGACCUGUUUCGAGCAUAACAAGGAACACUGGAGAACAGAACCAAAGUGGACCCAAGGGCCGUUUUGUUUUUGCAUGAACGCUAAUAAUAACACGUAUUCGUGUGUGAGAUCCAUCACACCCGCUCACAAUUUUUUGUAUUGCGAGUUCGUUACUGGAUUCGUCACUUUUUAUAAUUUGCGAAUCGAUCCGUUUCAGCUUCAGAACCGCUACCAUCAUCUGACCAUGUCCGAAAGGGCUUAUUUACAGAAUUUGCUCAAAAGACUAGUGUCUUGUAAAGGGGGACAUUGUAAUGCCUUUUUGAACACCUCGUUUCAGUUAAACGGCUCGGAAAGAUAGUUUUGUACAUUUUGUUUGGGUGUGUAAAUAAAGUAAGAUUAGCCACA